AAGGAUGCAGGCUGCCGGUAAAAUCAGAAGAAGAAGAAAAAGGAAAACAUUGCGUAAAACCGUUUCUCUUAAUUUUCUCCAAGGAGUUAUGUCAAUUUGUAGCAACGGAAUAGCAAAAACUCAUUUGAUAUGAGACAAAAAUUGAUUUACCCGUUUACUUGUGAAUGAUCCCUCUUUUUAAGAAAAAUGGAGCAGGAGUUUAAGAACAUCGAUUCAUUUGGAGAGUGGCAAAAUCUUUUUAACGAAAUACAUAAUCAGUCUCAAAAGUGGUCCUACAACGUGGCAAAGUUCCCAGAAAAUUGCAGUAGAAAUAGAUAUAGAGACGUCAGUCCUUAUGAUCACAGUCGGGUGAAAUUAGAGAAUUCUGAGAACGACUACAUAAAUGCCAGCUUAAUUACCAUGGAGGAGGCUCAAAGAAGGUACAUAUUGACACAGGGUCCCUUGAAGAACACUUGCGGUCACUUCUGGCUAAUGGUUUGGGAACAGUGUUCCAAAGCUGUAAUUAUGCUUAACAGAGUUAUAGAGAAAGGCUCGGAGAAAUGUGUACAGUACUGGCCAUCAAAAGAGGAGCAAGGCAUGGAUUUCAGUGACAUUGGGUUCAUGGUGACACUUGUGUGUGAGGAUGUUAAACCAAAUUACACAAUAAGACUAUUAGAACUUCAAAAUGGCAAGAGAGGAGAAACCAGAGAUAUCUACCAUUUUCAUUACACAGCAUGGCCUGAUUUCGGCGUACCAGAGUCCCCAGCAUCCUUCCUUGACUUUCUUUUCAAGGUUCGUGAGUCUGGAUCAUUAGGGCCUGAGAAUGGACCUGUGGUGGUCCACUGCAGUGCAGGAAUAGGACGAUCUGGAUCUUUCUCGUUGGUUGACACGUGCCUCGUCUUGAUGGACCAGAGAAAUGACUUUUUGGCUGAGGACAUACAAAAGGUUUUGUUAGAUAUGAGAGAGUAUCGAAUGGGCCUUAUUCAAACCCCAGAUCAACUUCGGUUUUCAUAUAUGGCAGUCAUUGAGGGAGCUAAGGUUAUUCUGGGAGACUCUACUUUACAGAGCCCGAUCUUGAGUCCCGAGAAUGACAUUGGAGAUUCUGACUGUAUGAGACCACAGAAUUCAGGAAGAGAGCGAGAAUGGAAACGAUUUCCAAAGGAAGAGCAGCUUAGCAGGUUAAAAACAUUCAGUCUACGCAAGAGGAACCGCAAGGAGCGGAUAGCCAAUACAGCACAGCAAGUGCAGAAAAUGAAGAUGAAAUUGAGUGAUUCAGAGAAAAAGAAAGAGAACUGGCUGUUCUGGAGACCAAUUCUACUUAAUGUCGGCGCUGGUGCAGCUGUGGCAUUUGGACUCUGCAUAUGCUGGGCCUUUCUAUCCCAGUAAUUGUCCCACAGAUAAAUUUUCCUGUUUUUAAUUUUGUCCAGAGACACAAAUUGUUUUCUUGGUAGGUGCUUGGAUGUUUCUGAAUAAGGACAUAUUUAAGAAUGUUUACAAGCAUUCAUACCCAGAUAUUCUACAUAUUUAGUGAAUGUAUGUGUGAUGUAGUUAUUAGUGUAAUGAAUGUAGUUCAACUUUUGUAAUACCAUCUUGGUAAGUUUUCGAGGUCUGACAGUUUUCACUGUACUCUAUUCUGCCUGCAGCAUGCUGUUUAAAAGUAGUCUCCACUUGGUUCUGAUUGUUGUAUUUAUUUGAUGCUUUUGUCUUCAAAUUUCCACUUGGAAGUUCAUAAAGUGACUCAUUUGUUUCUACAGGUUAAAGCUCAGCGAGUUACUAUUCAUGUUACCAAUUGAGGAUCUUUUAGUAAUAAACUGACUGUAGAUUUACCCCAAAUGUAAUAAGUGGUGUGGUUUCCACUUGUACAUGAAUGUACAUAAUACA